UACAACCCAUCUCCACAUGGGUAGUAAGAUUCUCAACAAUAAAAACCCAACCCAUUUUCCAUUGGAUGCAUACCAUUUUUAAAACCCAAUUCAUUUCUCUCUCUAACUUCCUCUCUCCUAAAACCAAGAAAGAAGUGCACUUAUUAUAAAGAACAGAAGCAGUAGAAUAGAAGCAAGUAUUCAUUUUGUUUGUCAUUUUAGCCAUUCUAAACCUUGGAAAUAGUGUUUUAUAGAUUGUCAUUAAGGCAAAAAUUAAUUUAUAAUUUAGGGUACAUAUUUCUUGGUGACAUAUAUUAUGAAAAACAACCAAGGAGCAAUAAUCAAGGAGGUCAAGAAAAUGAAGCAAUAGAAGGUUUUUUCUACUACAAUUUCUGUUCUGGUAUGGAAUCUUGGGAUGUAUUCAGAUCUUAUUCAAGAAGAAGACAACAUCAAUGUAGACAAAUUAGAAGAAAAUACAAAGAUUAUAGUAAUAUGGAGCUUAAAUGUUGUUUGAUGAAGAUGAUUGGUUUUGUUGUCUUCCUACUUGUUUCUUCUUCUCUGGUUUCCCCUGUUCAAUCGACCUCGGAAACCAGCAUUGUGAAUGAUAAACCAAGGAAUGAAACGCAGAGUUUUAGGCCGGGUGAUGAAGUUCAGAGGUUAACAAGGAUCAGACAACAUCUUAAGAAGAUCAACAAAACUCCUAUUAAAACUAUUCAAAGUGUAGAUGGUGAUCUUAUAGAUUGUGUGUUAGCACAUCAACAACCAGCAUUUGAUCAUCCCAUGCUAAGAGGUCAAAAACCAUUGGAAGAACCAGAAAGGCCAAAAGGGCAUGAAAGAGAAGGGAAAAUAUAUGAAGAAAGUUUCCAAUUAUGGCAUGUAGAAGGUGAAGAAUGCCCAAUUGGAACAAUUCCAAUUAGAAGAACAAAUGAAGAAGAAAUAUUGAGAGCUAGUUCUAUUAAAAGAUUUGGAAGAAAGCGUAGAAAAUUUGUUAGAAGAGACUCCUCUAGCUCUGACCAUGAGCAUGCAGUAGGAUAUGUAUCUGGACAACAAUAUUAUGGAGCAAAGGCUAGUAUAAAUGUAUGGUCACCUAAAGUGGCUAACCCCUAUGAGUUCAGCUUAUCACAAAUGUGGGUCAUUUCUGGCUCAUUUGGUGAUGAUCUUAACACAAUAGAAGCUGGUUGGCAGGUUAGCCCAGAGCUAUAUGGUGACAACUAUCCUAGGUUCUUUACUUAUUGGACUAGCGAUGCGUACCAAGCCACUGGGUGUUACAACUUGUUAUGUUCGGGCUUUGUUCAAACUAAUAAUAGGAUUGCAAUUGGGGCUGCAAUCUCACCAACAUCUUCAUACAAAGGAGGACAAUUUGACAUUAGCUUGUUAAUAUGGAAGGAUCCGAAGCAUGGAAAUUGGUGGCUUGAAUUCGGAUCCGGGGUAUUAGUCGGGUAUUGGCCCUCAUUUUUGUUCACUCACUUACGUGACCAUGCAAGUAUGGUUCAAUUUGGAGGGGAAGUAGUGAAUUCAAGGGCAGGAGGUUUCCAUACUUCAUCACAAAUGGGAAGUGGUCAUUUUUCAGGGGAAGGAUUCGGAAAAGCCUCCUAUUUUCGGAAUUUGCAAAUUGUAGAUUGGGGUAAUAGUUUAAUUUCACUUUCCAACCUCAAGGUUUUGGCUGAUCAUCCGAAUUGCUAUGAUAUUAGAGGUGGGAUUAAUAAUGUUUGGGGUAAUUAUUUUUACUAUGGAGGUCCUGGAAGAAAUGUUAGAUGUCCCUAACAAAAGGGUACACCUAGUUUUAAAUUUUCCAUCACGUUUUUUAAUUUUUUGGGUGCCUUAAUUAAGUAGAUUGGGGUUUUGGCAAAAUUGUUCAUGGGUUUUGGGCUAUUUCUAUAGUUUUUUUUUUAUUAUUUUUUGGUAAAAAUUUUGGUUCUUAGUCUAAUAGGUGAUCCAUUAAUCACAUUGCUUUUAGGAAGCCUCUGUAUAAAUGUUAUCGUGGAAAGGAGAAAAAAGUGAAUAUAGUACGGAGUAUGGUUUGUCCUUUUUA